UCUGUCGGUAGUUCGCUUUGAUUUUGCUCGUUGUCAUCGUACAAGAGGAACAAGUGUCGGUUUCGCUCGUGCGUGGUUUUCGUCGGUGAAAAAUUUCUGCCUGUGGAAUGCUUCGCCUUUGUCGUGGUUUUUUGUCUCAUUUUUCGCGUCCAACAGUAGAAUUUCUAUCGGUCAUUGCGUCUGUUCGUUUCAGAACUGCAACUCGGACUUUUCGUGCAGCCUCAUCGCUUUCGUUCACACCACCACUUCGUAACUCUCCG